AUGCCAUCACAACCAUCACAACUUUCUACAUCGGUAGUUUUAUAUUAUUCAACGAUACCAUCUUUAAUAUUUUCAAUAUGUUUUGUCACAUUAUUUGCGGCAACAUCAUUACUUCACUUAAACAAAUUAAUAAAAUUAAAACGAACGAUAUAUGUAUACUUGCUUCUAUUCAGUUUAUUAAGAACAUGCCUUUUUGCUUUUCGCGCCGCUUGGUCUCAAAAACUCGAUUCAGUAAUUCUCGGGGUAACAUCGAACGUUUUACUAUCGGGAGGAUUUUUUGUGAUAAUCGAAGCUUUAUAUAUAUUAUUAACGGAUUGGCUCUUUAUUUUGAUUGGUGGUACAUCGGAAGCUUCUUUGUCAACUUGUGAAGGUUAUUUAAUAAAAGUUUUGAAAAUCUUUUCACCAUCAUUUUCAAUUAUAGGAAUAAUGGGGGAAAUUUUGGAGUUUGAUACUCAUAUAGCAUUAGUACCUUUACUCCGACAAAUUUCAUCAUUGGGAUUUUUGUGUUUGGUGAUCAUUUACAUAAUAUUAGUUACUCAUUUUGCAAUAAAAUACGGGGAUGGGGCAAUCAGAAAACAAUUAAAAGCUUUGGUUUUAUUCAUCUCAGCCGCAUUAUUAUUGAUUGAAUUGAUUUAUAGAACUUUUAUUUCUUUUGCGAAUGAAUCCAAUCCUGUAAAUGAUUAUGAAUGGGCUUUUUACGUAUUUGAAUGUAUACCCGAAAUUAUUUUGCUUAUUACUUUAGGUGGGGUAAUUUUGGGCGAAUGGUUUUAUUGUGUGGAAGAUGAUAAUGAAUUAAUGAUAGCUCAACAAUUAGCCAAACUACAAGAAAAAGGAAAGUUUAAUUCUUGUUUAUUUAAAAACAAUGUAAGAAGAGAAGAAUCAACACAAGAAAAGAAAGAUGUUGGGAAAACAAAUUCAAUAGUCAUAGAUAUGAACAAUAGUACACACGAACAAGUGUGA